UAAAAUAAACCGCCCAACUUAAUAACAUAGUCUAAAUUAUAAUGGUAACAAAAAAUUACUAGCACCUGGUAUCGGGUAGGAUAAACAUUCUGUGUUUGCUGUACAAUGUGAAGCGCUAAAUUUGUUUAUUUCAAUAGCAGAAUUGUACAACCCAUUGCCAGCCACGCUGAGAGCUACGGAUCCAGAUGCAAUCAACACUCUACCGUUGAGAGAACAGUUCGCUAAGUCAUGUUUUGAGACACUCUUACAGUUUUCCUUCUACAAAGCCAGUAGCUCGUCCGGAGAUGUAUCUAAACUAGCACUGGGGACUCUACUGAAACGCUGCCAGGAGGUGCUACAAAACUACGUGAAGGACGAGAAGCUGAGCGGCCGCUGUCCUCUCCCCCGCUCUAGGAUGGCGGAGAUAGCCUUUGUGAUGAGAGCCAUAUCUUCUCUUAUUGGUUCCCUGCAAGCUAGACGUGACCACAUGACCCACAUUGAUGUGGAGGUAUGGGACCACGUAGUUGGACUCUACCCUUAUCUUAUCGACUGUGUGACCUGCAAUUCUAACGAGGUGCGGGACACACUAAAAGAAGCACUGCAUAGAUUCAGAGAUCUGCUCGUCCCGCCAAAGUUAGCGGCAGACGAGACUGAGACUGAUGGGGUCGACAAUAAUGAUCUAGAACAUGUCUCUAACGAACCAGCAAAGUCAGACCCUGCUUGCUCUGAAGGAACACAGACAGUGGAGGUGUAA